AUGGCUUUACAUUCACAGCAGCAUCUUCAGCACCAAUACCAUCAUUCGCAUCAUCAUAAUCAACAGCAACCUCUACAUCUCCACCAACACCUUUCUGGAAGCCACACUCUUGUCCAUCAGCACAAAUCGCAACAACCCGUUCGACUUUUAACCACAACUAGCUUAAACUCUUCAGGAGUACCCAGUCUCUCCAUUUCUAACAUUACAACCACUACUACAUCUGCCGCAGUUAUCAAUACAACAAAUAUUACUUCCACAGCCGGUAUCUCUCCAGGUUCUGCAACCGCCUUGUCUAACGUCGUCACUGGAAGUAGUAAUAUAAAUGGACAAGCUGGUGGCUUGCCAGGCCUGAUGUCAUGUGAGACGGGCUAUCAGAUGGCGGCCCCUGGGAGCCUGACAUCUGCUAGCCGGGUUUAUUGUCGCAGUGGUGGGAAGACUUCGUCUUCUCUUCCUGGCGUCUCUCUGAAGGUGACCUCACUAGCUUCUGCGGCUGCUUGUGAACCAACUGGCAUGUUCAAUUUGAACGCUUCUGGUGAGCUAAGGAUGGCAAAUUGGAUUUAA